AUAGUCAGUACCCGCUGUUCUUUUUACCUCCACGUGUAUUAAAAAUUUUAUGAAUGAAACUAUGAAUGAAAAUUUAGGUCACGUGAUGUAAACAUGUAGUAUUUUGACCCAGAUUUGUACUACUAGGCUACUACUUCGUCUGCAAAAAAAAGUAAACAUGGCGGACAUUAUAAGAAUAGGUGCUAUUUGUAAGUUAAGAGGGUCAAAAGAAGACUGGAGAGUUAUUGAUUAUCGUUAUGACGGUUCAGUCUACAAGUAUGUUGUCCAGUCACUAUAUUCAGGGAUCACUAAAUGUGUUUUUACCUUUGAAAUAUUUGAAAAAUAUACUUCAACUUACAAGGAAUUAAAUGACUUUCUCACUCAAGUCACUGGUAUUGGUUUGGAGGAUAUGAGCUGUCUUGACGAUGAAAUGCCAGACCCAGACUAUGUCAAAGUUGAGACUGGUAAAAGUAACAUUGACAAUGCUACAAGGGAAGUCCUCUAUGAAACACUAACAACUACAUCUUCCCUAGUAGAUGUACCUGAACUAGUCCCUGGUCCUUUAGCUGACACAAUGGCUUCUGAAAUCACUUCUGAAACUGAAGUACCAAAAAAGCGAUUUAAAGCAGCAACAGAAACUUCCGUCAACAUAUUGCGGGCACAGAACACUGAAAAAACAACUGACAGACAGACAAAGUGGGCUGUUAAACUAUUAAAAGAUUGGAUGAAAGAAACCGGUUACAAAAGUACUGAGUUUGAAUGGUUGGAGGUAUCUGUGUUGGACAAAAUCCUACAGAAUUUCUAUGCCUCAGUCCAGACAAAAAAAGGUGAUGACUACUCCAAGGCAGGUCUUAUUGGCCUCAGAGCAGGAAUAAAUCGUUAUCUAACUACACCACCUGUGUCACGGCAAAUAAAUAUCAUGAAAGACAGGGACUUCAUGUUUUCUAAUCAGGUUUUGUCUGGAUUAGUUAAGGGUCUUAAACGUGAAGGAAAGGACCUCAGUAAACACAAAGAGCCAAUUACUGAGGAUGAUGUAAAUAAACUGUUUGAGAGUGGACUGUUUUCAGAGGAUAAUCCAAGAACUCUGCAGAAUAAAGUUCUGUAUGAUAUCCUGAGUCAGUUCGGCCUCCGUGGCCAGGAAGGCCUCCAUGACCUUAGGAAGGACUCCUUUGUUGUAAAAAUGGAUUCAAAGGGCCGUUAAUAUAUCAGGAUGUCAUACAACGAAGCAGACAAAACCAAUCAUGGUUUAGACCAUAGAGAAGAUCCAAAAGAGCCACGUUUGUAUGAAAACGAAGGUCCACGUUGCCCGAUGAGAUCUUACUUGAAGUAUAUAUCAAAGCUAAGUCCAGAGUGCCCUAGUCUCUUUCAGCGACCUAUUGACAAAUUCCAGCCUGUUCAUAAAACCUGGUACGCAAACAAAGCUGUGGGUGUGAACACUUUGCAAAGUUUCAUGUCUAGGUUGUCUGAAAAAGCAUGUCUCAGUCAAAGGUACACAAAUCACUGUGUAAGAGCCUUUGUUGGUUCCCAUCAACAUAAGAAGGGCUAUUCAAGCAGAGCAAUAAUGUCUGUAACUGGCCAUAGAAAUGUAUCCAGUCUUAAUUCGUAUGUGAAACCAUCCGAUGAGGAGAGAUACAGCAUCAGCAAAGCCCUAAAUUAUGCAGGAUAUCAGAAUAAUGAAGAAAACAUUUCUCCUAGUUCUAUCAAGAGUCAAGAGACCAGAAGUGAGACUUUACCGGCUGCAUCAGAACCCGCAGCUAUGGCUAUAUCAUUUGAUCUCCAAGCAGAAUCUGAGCAUGGUUGUUCAACAAAUUAAAGUGUCACAACCAACACCAGCACCAGCACUGGCAGCAGGGAUAUAGACAUAAACAUGUCUUCUACCAGCGACAGUCGUACCUUACACAUGUUCACAGGCAACAUUGCCUCGAGCACUAUUACAGUUAACGUUUACAAUGCAAAAUAAUUUAAUAAGAAAG